AUGUCAUAUUACAUUACCAUCCACCACGGGUCAGGCGUGGAUGAGAGUCCUGGGAACCUAUGGGUCAACCUCUCUUUCACUAUCAAGGAACAUUUUUAUCUUCGCACUGACGGGGCACUGAUUUGUUAUAUGAUGGAACGUAUUCGGGAAAAGAAGUUCAAACUUACUUCCGAACCCUGGGAUCGACGAUCUCGGUGGUGUAUCUCGAUACCAGUCUCCAAGAUGCAUGAAACCAAAGAUGGAGCUGCUGCCGACGCUUUGCAACUAGCGGAGUGGUACAGGGUCCAAAUCCUGAAUGGGAAUGCAACUAUCAACCGCGAGCUCCUAUUUGAUCGGAAGCCCUUUUAUGACGGCAAGGAAUGCUGUAGAGGUAAUGUCUGCGAUCUGAUUCUGCAUCCGGAGUGGUGGCUCCCAGACCCUUCUUCGGACGCUUCUUCGGACCCUUAG